CUGGACCUCGACCGCGGCUGGGCCUUCUGGGACCUGUGGGGCAGCGGCGGCUCCUCCGGCUCGGACGGCGGCCGCGCGCGGCACCGAGGGCGCCGAGGAGGCCGACGAGGCCGGCGCGGGCGGGGCGCGGCGGAAGGCAUCCUCGCUGGACCAGUUCGUGGCCCACCAGAAGUCAGAGAUCAGGAGAGACCUCGCGGAG